AUGGCCGCUGCUCUGGGGCUCAAUGCCCACCCAGGGCGCCUUUUGAGCUCUGUACAUGGAGCUGGUGUCGCCAUUCAAAUUGCCUUCCUGGUCCUCUCUCAGCUCCAAGAUGUAGCUUGGGACGCGAUGGAGAGCCUGGACUAUGACGACAUCGAGCUGGCGGAAGACCCCCUUCAAGCCGAUCACGUGAAAUCGAUGUGCAAUGGUGAGCUGACGACGGAUAAGGUCAGCCGAGCUCUCACAAGGAUGUUUGGUGGUGAUAGCAAGCCGAAUGCCAAGGUCUACUACCAGUGGGAAGAUGAUUCCUAUGGUUAUGGCUAUGAGGAUGCGAUCCACUACGCCGACAACACUGUGGGCGAAGAAGGCAUUCCACCUGAGCUGGAUGAAGCAACUCUGGCAGUUGAAGAUGCCUACAUCAACUACCUUGACAGCUGCAAGAAGAUGAGACAACUUGCACUGUCCCGUGGGUUCUAUCCUAUGGUCGCCGUUGACUUGAACGACAGCGACUUUGGUGGCCGAGGAUCUGGAAAAUCCUUUGGGAAGAGCCGCAACAUGCGCAGUGGAAAAGGAAAAGGCAAAUCAAAAGGAAAAGGUGGAGGCAAGAGCUGGAAGGAACUGGAACUGGACACCCUUUGCCUAGAGCCAGAAGAUUCGUCUUUAGCCGAAGAUCUCCAUCGGAGAACAACUCAUCGACAUCCACGACGGCAAAGUCGACUACAAGUGGAAGCAGUGCACAACAUGGAUCACUCCGGUUCCUGUGGAGAUUUCCAUUGGCAUGAAGAGAUCAACUUUGUAUCUCAAGAAGUCGGAUGGGCAAUCAUGGACAGUGGAGCCACUAGAACUGUCUGUGGUGAAGCAAUCUGGGACAAGCUGAACAGCUAUCUCACCAUGCGUGGGAUGGGAGCUGAGAUCUCCAAGGAUCCUCGUGACUUUCGUUUUGGAGACGGUGUCACAGUUCGAUCUCAGUUCUGUGCCAGGACACCUGUCUGCGUUGGAAAGGUUUGGCGAGAGUUGAUCAAGCCCAUCAUCUCUUCCAAUGGUCACUACAUGAUCAACAUCUUCAACGACCUGAACAACAUCCUCCACGUUGAAGACCUCUACUACAAGGCAACAGUCUCUGACGAGACGGAGGUGUACCUGGACACGGUGAUCUCCGAUGACAUCUCUGACGAAGAGCUGGAUUUGGAGGUUGACGUCGAUGAAGACAUCAUUCACGAAGUGAUCUUUGGAGUCGCUGAGAAGAACAAGAUCCAUCAACGAACCCUCAAAUUUUGGGAGGUUUUCGUCGACGAGGACAACCUGGGCAGAUACCUCAGGCAGACCUAUCCUGACGUCGGGGUCUCUCAGUUCUCAUUGCCACGAUGGAACUUUGAAGAUCUGGAAAUCCAGCGCGACUUUCGCAAGCUGGCUGCCCAGGACCUCAAGGUCUAUGAGAAAGUUCAUGCGGACUCCAAGAAGAUAUACUUCGACUGCACCUCGGAACAACCUGCUGAUGCUGCAUCUUGGCUGGCGACAACCCUUGAGAACAUGAAAGGGUAUUACGAGACAGUGCUCGACCGCUGCAGAACUGGACUCAAAGCUUCACCUGACGCCAUGCAGAACUAUGAGCCUGACUUGGUUCGACAAUUCGGCGACGCGAUCUACAAGUCCAUGGCUGAAGUCUGGCAGCAACGAGGACAAGCAGAGCUCAUGACUCUGGAGCUCGUGGUACACUCUAGCGAGGAGAUGCAGUAUCUGCAGGAGAAAGCUGGUGAAGAUUGGAGGCACGUGUCUGACGAAUACGUGCAGGUGGCCAGACGCCACAAGUGUCCACAAUGCAUUGCAAAAGCUCAACCAGAAAAUGGUCUACAAAGGCCUUUGGCCGAACGCAUCCUGGCUGCUCUUCGACCUGUACUAGGCCCAGUACGUGGAUUGGACUUAGCAUCCCGUGCUCAAUCUCCUGAUCUUCAGAUGGUGCUGUUCCCCCUCAUGAACCACAACACCCGCUAUCAACGACAACCGCAACAACUGCACCGAAGCCGGAACCUGCUGCCACUGCAGCUGCUGAGCCUAGUCCCUUUGAAGGACUUGACUCCCUCAUCUCCCCAGAUCCUGAACUACCGAACUACCUGA